AUGUUUCUUCAUGAUGCAAUUUUUAACAAAAGAACUACUGAACCACUUUGGUUCAAAACGAUCAAAGCUUUAAUUGCUUUGAUAGCAACGCUUUCAAUGAUUUUUUAUUUUACACAAUUGAACCGAAUUCGGCGUAAUUACAAUUCAUACUUUGAUACAAUAGAAUUCGAUAAAGGAAAACUUGGUUUGAACCUUGACAUCUGCUUGGUGAAAAUGAAUGUCUCUAGGGUUUACAAUAAUGACGUUUUCAUAGAUUUUAGUGGAAACCAUCCUUUCGAGCCAUUUUCAUUAAAUAAUGAGAAUGUGACAUCUUUUUGUGAGAACAUAAUCACCAAUUUCGAUAACCCAUUCAACACAACUUGGAUCACCGUUUCAGAUAUUUUCAACCACUUGAAAGACGAUAAACUGACACAUUCUCAAGACGACAAACAGAUAAAGUAUAUGAUUGAACUAAGAUUCAAAAAAGUCCAAUUGACUACGGGUGAUUUCGGAUAUAAUACCGAUAAUAGUAUUUCCUUUAAAGAGCAUAGUUCAAUUUAUGUCAAUUUCGGUUCGAUAACUCAAUAUAUAUUAGAUGUAGGUUUAGAACGUCAUACCAUUCCUUUUUUUGACUCAUUUAGUGACAGCAAAGAGUUGGUACCUAAUGCAGUUGUAAACUAUCGACGAAAUCUAUCUUUUAAACUCGACAAUACUAACACUACGUUGAUUGGCAUAAAUGCAAAUCAACCGAUGCUUAUGACCGUAUUUGAAUCAAACGGAUUUUUACAAAAAAGUUCAUCAAUUGUUUCAAAGAUGGGAGGUUUCUAUACUGCCGUUGUGGGAAUAUUCGUAUUGUUUUUCGGCGAUCAAAGAGUAUCACCGUGGGGGUUGGCGCAAACUUGUCUAUUCAGCUGUACGCCUUGUCGACGAUCUCUCAAAGAAAAAUUAGCAAGGAAAUAUGUAUCAUCAGCGGGAAUUCCUUUUAGCGAAAAAGUCAAAGAUAAACCGGAAAAUUCUUCGCUUGAAGCACGCGUACAAAUUCUCGAGACUCUUUUAAAAGAAUAUUAUUUGAACACCGCAUUGCUUGACAAAGUAAAACAAGUAAUAGUUCGUCAUCCUAAAUAUAAAAAGGAAUAUGAAGAACUUACGAGAGCUUUGUUAGAGCAAGAUGAUGACGUUACCAUUCACGAGGGUGAAUCUUCGGACCAAGCUCUGUCUUUCAAGAUUCAUGGAAAGGUUACUUAUCAUAAAGUCACUUUAUAA